CCUACCCCCAGCAUGUCCCUGCCUCCUACACUACCGCCUCCACCCCUACUGGCCCGAGGUUCAGUGUCCAGGUCAAAACAGCCCAGCCUAUCACCUACUCCCAGACUGGUAGGCAAGCCGAGCAGGGUUACACCCCUCCCCCACACCGCCAGCACAUGUUGCGGAACUCGCUCCAGAAUCUCGCUUCCGAAGCCCAGGCGCAGGACUCCGACAGGAGCUUCAAGGGGAGUGUCGCAGGGUCUGGCGUGAAAGCCUCCAGAGUCCCACUCCCAAAAGAGGCCCAGAGACUCAUCAAUCAGGGUCAGGCUCGGCACCAAGCUCCGCCUAUCAGCCCAGUAAGGGGACAGCAGCUCUGAGACAAGAGGAGUUGGAUGGGCUCACAAAGAAGUUGGUGUAUGACAUGAAUCAUCCCCCUACAGAGGAAUACCUUGGUAGCUGUGCAUGUUGCGGUGGCAACGUCCUUGGCGACGUUAGCGGCUGUAUCGCCAUGGAGCAGGUGUUCCACGUGGAGUGUUUCACUUGCAUCACCUGCCACGCCCCUUUCCGGGGGCAACCGUUCUACGACCUGGACAAGCAGAGCUACUGCAAGAGCUGUUACAUUAGUGUCCUAGAGCGCUGCUUUAUGUGCUCCAAGCCCAUCCUGGACCGUAUCCUGCGGUCCAUGGGCAAUGCCUACCACCCGCGCUGCUUCAACUGUGUGGUGUGUGGCUGCUGCCUGGACGGUGUGCCCUUCACCGUGGACGCCACCUCCCAGAUCCACUGCCUAGACGACUUCCACAGGAAGUUUGCCCCUCGCUGCUCAGUGUGUGGCCAGGUCAUCAUCCCCGAGCCGGGCCAGGAGGAGACGGUCAGUAUAGUGGCGCUGGGCCGCAACUUCCACGUCAAGUGCUAUGUGUGUGAGGAGUGUGGUCUGCUCCUGUCCUCUGAGGGUGAGGAGCGAGGCUGUUACCCCCUGGACGGUCACAUCCUGUGUAAGGGCUGCAGCGCCCAGCACAUCCAGAACCCCUCCGCCAACAUCUCCACUGACCGCUAACCAACUAUGGAAAAUCCCCUCUUACCUUUAAUUGAUGACCCGCCAACCCUUCCAUUACUUUCACCUGCUCUGGGGUAAAAGUUGCCCUAAGGAACAGAUCUGGGAUCAGUUCUACCCCCUCUGAUACAUAACCUUAACCACAAGGAGGAAAUGUUAACCUGACUUGAAAUCAGUCUCGUAGGGCAACUUCAUCCUCAUAGUUGUUCGUUAUUCUUCAGAUGCCCAAAGCUGUGGAAUUAGUAGUAGGCCUACUACUGAAUCUCAACCUGACAGUCUUCAAUGUCAAGUAAAAUUAAAUAAUGACUUCAUAAGGUUUAUAGGUACAGGGUAUUGAAACGUGGAUGGACGUAAGUUCAACCCAUUUUCCUUAUCUUCUGCUUUACACUAUCCUCUAUCCCUACUCCCCUCAGUCCCAUACCAGUACUGUAUAGAGCCCCUGACCUGCAGGCAGCAGGGGUUGCACCACUGCUUCUCACCCACACGAUCCUGCGUGUUGCACACUCUCUCACACACACACACACGAUCCUGCGUGUUUCACACUCUCACACACACACACACGAUCCUGCGUGAUGCACUGUUUCACACACACACACACACACUGUCCUGCCCAACAAAGGUGGGACAUUGAAGGAGCUCUAUGUAAAAUGAUUGUGGAGGAUGAUAAGGAGGUGAUAUUGAGGAAUACAAAGUCUUCCUGGCUGUGAGGUAACUGACCAGUCCAGAUAAUGGAACACAUAUGGAGACCAAGUGGGUGUGGUGCAGUGAAUAGAGUUUUUAGAAAGUAGACGGAAGGAAAGAUUGACUUGACUCAACUUGUUCUUUUCCCAAUGCUUUGAUCUCAUUGGAUGUUAACACAGCCUACAUACUGUCUUAUAAUAUCUUGCACCACAUGUCAGAACAGAACAUCAAUAUUUUAUUCCACAGGACAGUGAUUAGUAUAAUGAUAAUUGGUACUGCAUUUUAGGGAAUGUUAUGCUAGUCCAAACCCCCUCUUUUAAAAUGUGAAUGUGCUUUUUAGAUAUUUUUCCUUGUUUAACAUUUGGGUUGAUUUGUUACUUUACAAUGAAGAGGAAUAAGGCACAAUGAAGUAUGCUUGCCAUUGUCUUACUGAGAAACCGGGUUCUCCAUACUGGCCACAUGGGCUGAGAAUGUCCUCUUGUGUUCACUUUGGGUUUUUGUUUAAGCUUAGCCUUAGGAGUUUGAUUUAUGGUUUGCACGAUUUGAGUUUGAAGUGUAUGAUUAGCUAUUUUUCAUCCCUAAUGACAAUUGUAGUAUGUGAUCAAUACAAUAAACCAUCCUUUUUUUCAGCAAACUA